AUGACUUCUCCCACUCUCCAAUAUAUCCCGGAAUCGGUAAUCUUAUGAGUCUCACCCAUCUCAAUCUAUCAUACUCAUCAUUUGGCAGUGAUAUUCCGUCCACAAUCUCACACUUGUCUAAAUUACUCUCACUUGAUCUCUCGUAUAAUGAUGACCUAGCACUUGAUGAAUCCACAUGGAGCAAACUCAUUGGUAACACCACUAACUUGAAUGAGCUACUUCUAGAUGAGGUAGGCAUGUCUUCUGUCAGAGAAACUUCAUUGUCUUUGCUCAUGAAUUUGUCAUCCUCUUUGCUGUCCUUGAGACUUUCUGACACUGGAUUGCAUGGAAAAUUUCCAACUGAGGUACUUGGUUUAACUAAUCUUGAAGAACUAAGUUUGUAUGGCAAUGAAGAGCUGAAGGUUGAACUUCCAAAGUCCAAUUGGAGCACUCCUCUAAGGAUCUUGGACCUCUCUUUGAUACCUUUCUCGGAAGAAAUAAUACCUGAUUCCAUUUCCCAUUUGAAGUCUCUUAACAAACUAUGGCUAUGGAAUUGCCAAUUUGAUGGAUUAAUUCCUGUGUCUUUGUGGAACCUCACUCAACUAACUGAGUUGAACCUUUUAGGAAAUAGACUUCAUGGUGAGAUUCCAUCUUUGCUUUCAAACCUCAAACAUCUCACCUACUUAGAUCUUAGUCGUAAUACGUUCAGUGGUCACAUCCCAGAUGUGUUCCACAACUUCACUAAAUUACAUACCUUGCAACUUUCUUUUAACAGUCUAGGAGGUCAGCUGCCAUCAUCAUUACUUGAUCUAACUCAACUUUCUUACUUAAGUCUGUCUUUUAAUCAAUUAAUCGGCCCAAUUCCAAGCAAAAACGCCACACUUUCAAAACUAGAAAUACUAAAUUUGGAUAAUAACUUUAUAAAUGGGACAAUUCCAGACUGGUGCUAUUCUUUGUCUUCAUUGACAAGGCUAGAUCUUAGCAUGAAUCAACUUACAGGGCCAAUUAGCGAAUUCUCCACUUAUUCAUUGAAAUCUUUAUUUCUCUCUGAUAACAAAUUUCAAGGUGAUUUUCCAAAUUCGAUCUUUAAAUUUCUAAAAAAUCUCACUGAUUUGGAUAUGUCAUCAAAUGAUUUCAGUGGUCUUGUGAACUUUUCUCAUUUUUCAAAGUUGGAAAAUUUAAAUUCUCUUGAUCUUUCUAACAAUAAAAUUCUCUCUUUUGAUAGUAAUUGUAGUGUUGAAUAUAUCUUACCGCAACUUGAAUCUUUAACUUUCUCUUCUUGUAGUGUUACUGUUUUUCCUUCAUUCCUAAGUAGACUACAAAAUCUAAGAAUUUUAGAUCUUUCUAACAAUAAAAUCCAUGGAAAGAUUCCCACUUGGUUCAGUCAUAAUCUCUUGCUCACAUGGAUGGACUUUAUUGACCUCAGUUUCAACCAGCUGCAAGGAGAUCUUCCAAUCCCACCAAAUGGCACCUAUUACUUUUCAGUUUCGAACAACAACUUCACAGGAGGCAUUUCUUCAACAAUAUGCAAUGCAAGCUCCCUCAAUGCACUAAUCUUGUCUCACAACAAUUUGACUGGCAAUAUUCCACAAUGCUUGGGAUCUUUUCCUUCGCUCCAGGUUUUGGAUUUGCAAAUCAACAACUUUUAUGGAAGCAUACCUGAAAACUUCUCCAAGAAUAAUGAUUUUGAGACUAUAAAGUUGAACGGCAACCAAUUAGAGGGACCAAUACCACAAUCGUUGGCUCAUUGCACAAAUCUGGAAGUUCUAGACCUGAGUGACAAUAACAUAGAAGAUGUAUUUCCCAGUAGGCUAGAAGCUCUUCAGGAAUUACAGGUACUCAGUUUACGAAAUAACAAAUUUCAUGGUACCAUCACUUGUUUGAGUAGGAAGCACCCAUUUCCAAAGUUGAGAAUUUUUGAUGUGUCUAAUAACAAGUUUAGUGGGUCUUUGCCAAUGCAAUACUUUCAAGAGUUUCAGGGAAUGAUGACUAUGAAUGAUAAUACUCAAGCUGAUGGUUUGGAGUAUAUGAGCUUCUAUGUUAAUACAACCAGUGUACCAUAUAAUGAUUCUGUGCUGAUCACCGUGAAAGGUCAAGUGAUAGAAAUGUCAAGGAUAUUAACUAUUUUCACAACCAUAGACUUGUCAAAUAACAUGUUUGAAGGAGAAAUUCCACAUGUCAUUGGAGAAUUAAGUUCUCUCAAAGGGCUUAAUCUUUCUCACAAUAAAAUCAGUGGUAACAUUCCACAAACUCUGGGUAAUUUGACAAGUUUGGAAUGGUUAGACCUCUCAUGGAACCAACUGAAAGGUGAAAUACCUCUGUCUUUGACAAAUUUGAAUUUUCUAUCUGUCUUGAACCUUUCUGAAAACCAGUUGAAGGGAGUGAUACCAACAGGAAAACAGUUCAAUACAUUCCAAAAUGAUUCUUAUAGAGGAAAUUCAAUGCUAUGUGGAUUCCCUUUGUCAAAGUCAUGCGGCAAUGAUGAAGAACAACCACCUUCAGUAUUUCCUGAGGCAAAAGAAUCAUUAUUUGGGUGGAAGUCGGUUGCAGUGGGAUAUGCAUGUGGAAUGGUGUUUGGGAUGUUCCUUGGAAGGUUGUUUAUAAAGACAGCGAAACCCUUGUGGCUUGCCAGACUUAUUUGUGGCUAUAUUUAACAAAACAUGCACAGCAGAUCAGAGGCCAUGCAAAUUGUAUGAGACUGUGUUAGCUUCUUGUGUUUUUCUUCUUUUUUUUUUCUGUAAUGAUGUGAACUACUCUGUUUUUUGAAUAAA